CGUGGUUUAGUCACUCGUUCAGUCGGUCGUGGUCCGUGGUCGUCGACUGAGGUUCCGCCAGUUCCUGUUGGUGUAGCGAUGACUUAGAAUUCCCUCUGACCUUGGACGCGUCUUCGGCUUCUCUCCUUCCCAGGAUUUUUGGUCGAAGAAGGAAUUUUCGAAGGAACAAGAGCCCUCGUUGCCUCCUGGGCGGCGUUUGACGAACUUCCUGGACGCGAUGCCUCUUGGCAUGGGUUUGUGGUGCGCCGUGGCGUUCGCGUGGGCGCUGGCUGCGUCGGCUGCGGGCGAAGAUCCUUUGCCCGUCUACACGGAGGCACUGCGUCUGCCGCGGUGCUGCGCCCACGGACAGGCGCUUGCGACGGACGGGUCCUGCGUCCGCCACCGCCGUGCUGCUUUCACUCCGCAGGUCGUCAUCGAAAAGACCCUGGUGGAGGCGGUCAACGUGGUCAAGGAGCCGCCGACGGCUGUGGUAUGCGCCGCGCAAGGAGGCAGCGAGAUAGUCGUGCCCGUCGUUCGCGGGGAAAUGGUCAUCCUCGCCGACCCCAAGUUUCCCGCGAUCGUGUACUGGAAGCCUCUCGGCGGCCAAGAGCCCGUCCCCAUCAAGGAGUUCUGCGUUGCCGUGCGGGCGCAGGAGGGGACGCAGGAGGACCAGUAUCUCAUCAAAUUCUGCCAACAGAGCCCGGUUGCUCUUCAAACUGUAUGUCAGAGUACCUACUGCUUCAGGAAGUGCUGCCCAGAGGGAAAGAAAAUCAGUGGCACUGGAUGCGUCGACAGUAGCGACCCCUGGCAGGCUGUGUUCUCUUCGAAGGACGACCCCACGGUGACCGUCCCUCCCCAUGCAGACCUGGACGUGGCUUACGGAAUGCCCAAGUGCGGGAACUUUCUGGUCUACGAAGACUUCAGCCUCGGUCCCAAGGGUGACCUGCACAUGCCCGGCGGCGAGUCCUUGCCCCACACCCACUACUGCGUCGAAAGGAUAGACGAGGGGGAAGGCCCGGCGAAGGAUGUUGCGCUUGUCUGCGCCCCCGAAGCUGUAACGUGCGACUGGAACGGUAACAUCCUACAGCCAGUGCUGCUGAGUGUGUCCUGCGUCUUCCUCUGCGUCACGGCCAUCAUCUACCUGUCGGUCCCAGGCCUCAGGAACUCGCUCAACGGCCGCUGCCUCGUCUGCUUCGUUGUGUCCAUGUUCCUCACGUUCCUCACCCUCCUCGUCAUCAGCCGCCACCGAGACGGCUUCGGCAGCUUCCAGUGCGCGUUCUCAGCCCUAUUUUGCCUGACGUUCGUCCUGGCGACGUUCUUCUGGCUGAAUAUCAUAUACUUCCGCAUCUGGUCCGAACUCAGGUCCCCCAGCCAAGACAAGCCUACGACCCGCUCGUUCCUCGCUCUCUGCGCCUACGGCUUCGGCGGCCCUCUGCUGGUGGCGAUGGUGGGUCUUGGGAUGGACCUCGCCGAAGCGGAUGGCAUCAGGCCGAAUUUCGUCCUCCCCUUCUGCUGGUUCAACGCUACAGAUUACAAGUCUCGCUGGGUUUACCAAUACGGCAUUAUCCUGGCACUCCUCAUUGUGAACCUGAUACUCCUAGUGUGGUCUGCUAUCCUCUCGGCAAAGAGGAUGAAGACGUGGCUGACUCACCGAGCAUUAGACAAGAUUCAUGGAAUUCCCCACUUCUUCUGGCUCUUCCUCAUCGUGGGAGUCGCUUGGAUACUUGAAAUCAUUACAUGGCUGGUACCAGGCCAUUGCAAGAUCUGGAUGAUUGUGUUCGAUUCCGUCAACGCCCUACAGGGAGUCUUCGUCUUCCUGGCUUCCGUUGUUUUCAGGAAGGACUUAAAGUUACAAGGCUGGCGAUGGACCCGAGUGCCUACGGACGACCAAGGACCUUCCAGCGGACGGUAUGCGCCAAGCAACGUGGAACUCGAGCAGCCGGCGACUCGAAGUGCCGAGUGAAUCACGGAAUUGCUUCGGUCCGAGCAUGUUUUGUAGUGUUUUCGUCUCUUUUACGAAAGACGUCGUUUUCUCCUUUCUGUAUCUCUUCCGUUCUAUCUUUCUUUUUUUUCAUCUUUUUUUUUCAUCAGAUGUAUUUUAGAUAAAACGGUCUUAUAAUAUAUAUUUUUUUUUU